AAUGAGUUAGUUGCAUUUUAGCAUUCUUGUCCAUGAUAUUUUAAUAUUUGUAUCAUUUCAAGAAUAAGUGAAAUGUUAUUCUUGCAAUUUCUUCUUUUGUAUUUAUCACUGGAUUUUAAGAAAAAUUCAGUUUAUUGUUCAAGUUGCAAUAAUCAGAUAAUGUCGCAAUUUCUGAAGUUUACAGAAAACAUUUUGGAUCAAGCCAGCGAUUUAAUUAAACAAUCCAAUUCUUUCCAACUUGGUCCAAUUGACUGUGCCCAAAUUAUGAAAAAUAAUAACGUUAAAUCUGGAAUUUAUAGAAUAUGGCCUCUUGCUUGGGAAAAAGUAGGCAGUUUCUCUGUUUAUUGCGAUAUGGAUACCGACGGUGGCGGAUGGACGCACAGAAACGAUAGAAUACAUGCAAUAAGUAACCAGGGAAAUUAUUCUCUUCGAAUUAAUAUGAAAGACUUGGAAAAUGAAAAACGUUAUGCGAUUUAUAAAAAUUUUUGGCUCGAUAACGAAGAUCAUUCUUAUAAAAUUCACAUUUCUUCAUAUUCUGGAGAUUCCGGGGAUUCUUUAACCGUGGCUAAUGGUAUGAAAUUUACUACACAAGACAAGGAUAAUGAUGUAUGGAGUUCGAAUUGCGCUGUUACUUACAAAGGAGCUUGGUGGUACAAAGACUGUCACAGAUCUAAUCUGAAUGGACUCAACCUUAAUGGUCCACACGAAAGUUAUGCUGACGGAAUCGAGUGGUAUUCUUGGAAAGAACAUCACUAUUCUCUUCCAGAAAUAGAAAUGAAAAUUCGUCCAGUUAACUUUAAAUAA